CCAACACAAUAUUUUAGUCAUUUUGCAAAUGAGUUUUCAUUCUCUAAAGAAAGCUUUCUUCUCUCUCUCUCUCUCUCUUUUUUGGCAUGAAUAGUCUUCAAGGGAGAAGAUAAAGGCACAAACGCUAAGGAGGGAACUGUUUCAAAUGAUGUUUAUUUAGCUAGCUACUGUUCAAAUUCAAACCAAAGCCAUUAAAAAAGGUGUUGAGGAAAUUUAACAUAGGUCGUUGAGUUUAGAUGGACAAUUCAUCCAACUUUGAUGACAAUUCUGAUGUGGGGUACCAACCUUCACCUUCUUCUGUGGAUCAAAAUGAUCAUUCAAUCACUGAAAACGUUGGAUACUCCCCUUUAUUCAGUGGGGAAUCCUUCGCGUAUUGUCGGUCUAAUUCGGAGGUCUCAAACUUCUCUGAGCCUAUUGAUGACAAUAGCUUUGCAAGUGAACCUUCACCUUCUCUAUGGACACCAAUGAAACAUGGAGCUAGUCAAGCUGCUCUUUCAAGGUUAGGAGUGAAGCAGCACAGACACUCAGUGGAUGAGAAAUCUGAUGACCUUGACCUCUUAGAGACAGAGCUUGAUAUGAUGAGGGAAAGAUUUUCAAAGCUUCUAUUGGGGGAAGACAUGUCUGGUGGUGGGAAAGGUGUCUGCACUGCAGUUACAAUAUCAAAUUCAAUUACCAAUCUCUGCGCAACUGCUUUUGGACAAAAUUUAAAGUUGGAGCCUCUGAAGCCUGAGAAGAAGGGUAUGUGGAGAAGAGAAAUGAAUUGUCUUCUAUCUGUGUGUGAUUACAUAGUAGAAUUUUCCCCAACUGCACAAUAUUUAGAAGAUGGCACAAUUGUGGAGAUGAUGACAAGCAAACCAAGAUCAGAUAUUUACAUCAACCUCCCAGCUUUGCAGAAGCUUGACACAAUGCUCAUAGUAAGACAAAUUUCAAAUGCUUCUUGUUUUCAUCCAAAUAUUUUGUGCCUCACAAUUUUAUUUUUUUUACAGGAAAUAUUGGAUAGUUUCCAGGAUACUGAAUUUUGGUAUGCGGAGCAAGGGAGCAUAUCAGGGAAUUCAACUCGGUCACGGGGAGGCUCAUUUCGAAGGAUUGUUCAGAGGAAAGAUGAGAAGUGGUGGCUGCCGGUUCCUUGUGUUCACACUGGGGGCCUCUCUGAUAAGUCAAGGAAGCACUUGAAUGAGAAAAGAGAUUGUGCUAAUCAAAUUCAUAAAGCUGCAAUGGCUAUAAAUAGCAGUGCUCUUGCAGAGAUGGAUAUCCCAGAAACAUAUAUGUCUAAUCUUCCCAAGAGUGGAAGGACAAGUCUGGGGGACACAAUUUACCGCUGUAUGUAUUCUGCAGACAAGUUCUCACCUGAUCACCUUCUUGACUGUCUCAAAAUAAGUUCUGAACAUGAAGCACUUGAGCUGGCAGAUAAGGUUGAGUCUUCAAUGUUCACUUGGAGGCGAAAAGCUUGUCUGAGCCACUCAAAAACAUCUUGGAACAAAGUUAAGGAUCUCAUGGCUGACACUGACCGAAGUGACAAAAACUACAUCUUAGCUGAGAGAGCUGAGACUUUGUUGUUUUGCUUGAAGCAAAGAUAUCCUGAACUUUCACAAACAUCAUUGGACACAUGCAAAAUUCAAUACAACCAGGAUGUAGGAAAAGCGAUAUUAGAAAGCUACUCAAGAGUAUUAGAAGGCUUAGCAUUCAACAUUGUAGCUUGGAUUGAAGAUGUUCUUCUUGCUGAUAAAUCAAUGAGGAACCAAAAUGUAUAGAAAUCGCAACUGGGUUGUACAUUACCACCCUAACACUGGUGCUCUUCCAUUCAGCAUUUUUUUAAGCUGUUUGUACUUUGUAUUGAAAGCCGUUCACUUGCAUCUGUAUGACAAGUAGUUGUUGUUAGCUAGCUGUAUUAUAUAAAUAGUUUUCACAUUCGUUGAAGGAUUAAGCAUAAUAUAUAUAAUCUUCUGUUCAGAAAAACUGAAAAACUAAGAAUUCUUAUUAGUGUAAUUGCCUGAUUUUGAAUCUA